CUACCUUUAGAUUAUCCUUCUCGUUUCUUGGGGCAUAAUGGAACAAGGUCAAUUCUGGAUGUGGACGAAGAGGAAGUACUCUUUGAGCUCUUGUAAUCUCAUCACUUCAUCAUCAACAAAACCCUCUUCUUCUUAUGAUGAUUCGUCAUGGGAAGAGCAAGCUUUCGCGGAGGAUGCUUCUGGGCCUCUUGGUGGAUGCAUAUGGCCACCCAGAUCAUACACUUGCAGUUUCUGCAGAAGAGAGUUCAGAUCAGCACAAGCUCUAGGAGGCCACAUGAAUGUUCAUAGAAGGGAUAGAGCCAGACUGAAGCAACCCUCAAGCCCCCAAAACAAUGAACUUCACACAAUUCCAAAUACUUCUUCUUCACUUAUGGGUUUCUUAUAUCCGUAUAAUAAUAAUUGUUCUCCUACCAACAACCCUAAUUCUGUUCUUGUUGCUUCACCUUCUAAUAAGGCUUUAGUAGCUCCAUCGUCAAACACUGAGGAAACCAUAAUGGUUCCAGCUUACAAUUCUUCUUCUAUUAUUCCCCCCCACGGACAUAAGGUGGCUUCUAAUUAUUCUCCUCUCUAUUCUUCUUCUAAAUCGAACCGCUCAAACUUCGCUGAAGCUGAAGCUGAGAAGAUCACAGAGGUAUUGGAUUGCAGGUGCGAGGAUAGUGGAAAAUCUGAUAUGGCUUCUAGUUUAAAUUUGGUCGUGUGUAGAGGUAGUGAGGCAAAGGAGGAAGCUAUUAGUUGCAAGAAGAGGAGAACUUCCGAAACUUCAUCGAUUCUUCCUCUCUUCCCAAAUUCAAAUUCUUCAGUUGAAUUUAACCCUAGCUCCAAUGAAGAGCUAGAUCUGGAGCUAAGGCUGGGUCAAAGCAAGCACAAGGGUUUCUGAUACGUGCUUUUAUCCUCAUCAAUAAAAGGCUUUUAAAUUAACCCGAGA